GCGGCGUUAUCAUGUGUGGGUUGCGUGAGACCGAAGUACCCGUCCCGGGUAACACCUGCCUGGAGAAUGGAUCUUUCCUGCUCAACUACGUGGGGUGUGUGGAGUGCAACAAGAGGGACUUUGUGCUGAUCGCAAACAGAACAAUGGAGGAGGAGGAUGGAGAAGAAAUCAUCACUUAUGACCAUGUGUGUAAGAACUGUCAUCACAUGAUAGCCAGGCACGAAUACACAUUCAGCGUGGUGGACGAUUACCAGGAGUACACCAUGCUGUGCCUGUUGUGCGGCAGGGCCGAGGACUCCGUCAGCAUCCUGCCCGACGACCCUCGCCAGGUGGCCCCCUUGUUCUGAAGCUUCAGCCACCGCCUCGGGCUGGCCUGUAGUCUCCCUCUGAAUGGAAGGGGAAGGUGGCUCCGGAUCUCCUGGCCAGCCUUCGCUGAGGGGCGUCCAGUGCUGCUGGCUCUCCUGGGGGUGACCGGCUGCAGCGUGGUGGUCCCCUUUGGAGAAGAGCACCGCAGAUGAGUUGUUCUUGUGCAUGGGUGGGUAAUAAACUGGGAGAGCUUUGGGGCA